UAUGAACGUCAGCUGAAUGUCAAUAUUAGUUAUGAUUGUCAAUCAAUAACAAUUUCAUUAAUGGAAAUUGGGAGUAAAUAUGUAUUUUCGAUUAUGCUAUUUUAAUUUACAUAGAUGUUAACAUUUUUAAAUGGAGGAUUCAUUCUAUAAAAAAUGGAAAACAAUUUACCAUUUUUCAGUUUACCAUUUGUAGAUUCGCAGCCUUCGGAGUUAGAUUAUGGUAAAUCAAAAGAAGAAGGCCUACUGGCUAAUUUACACACGACUCUAGUAUCUCAAGGUUCGUUGCUAAGCGAAGAAGAUGUUUUGGCCCAGUUCCUAUCUUUGGAUGAACCAUUGGAAGAGCCAGAUCUGAAUGGUCCUGCAACGUUAUGCUGUGAAAUAUGUAAACGAAAAUUCGACAAUGCCAAAAAGUAUUAUGGACAUUUGCGAGUACAUUCCAAAAGCAAUACUUGGUUGUGUGAGCAAUGUCCUAAUGCGAAAUUUACGACAAAGCAACAGUUGAUGAGACACAGUCUCAUUCAUAAGCCACUGGAGAGGGUAUGGAGAUGUCCUCAAUGUCCACUGGCAUUCGAAGCACUGUGGAGACUACAACAACAUCUUUUUGCAAAGCAUCUGGAUUAUAAACCGCACAAGUGUGAUCAAUGUACAAAGACAUUUGACAAAAAAUCAGAUCUUAAGAAGCAUAUUAGUGUGCAUACAGGGGAAAAGAAACAUGAGUGUCCCGUUUGCAAGGCCAAGUUUAAUGAUAAGUCCAAUUUCAACAGACAUACUCUUCUGCACACAAAUACACAACCAUUUUGCUGCCCUGGCUGCGGUAGUAGGUUCAGACAGUUGGCAUCAAUGAAACGUCAUUAUCAAAAUUGUAAAAAAUGCAAGGGGUUGAAUGAACUCGGUGAUAAAACUGUCAGAAAGAACUACUGCAGGAUCUGUGGAAUGUCAUUCCAAUACAGAAGUGCUUUGUUAGAGCAUUGUGUUCGCGAACACCCAGAUGGAAAGAAGUCAAAAAAGAACAUAGAUGGCUUAAAGUUAAAAAAAGAGCCCGGGAAAUUUAAUAAAGAAAACGAGAAAGACGUUUCCAAUAUGGUACACCCGAAGCCGGCCAGUAGACCAGAGGAUAAUAUCAUGGACGAUAUACUCUCAGCAGAAGAUGACUACGUCACACUCACAACGCCCGAUGAAAUCAUCAAUAUCUUCAAUCCGCCGACGGACGUGAACAAUACAGACGACAUGACCCAACUAGAAGAAAUAGACGACGAACUGCUGUACAAUAACAUCGACUUUGAUAAUUUUAAAGCCGGCCACAUGUUUAAUUUGAACACGAACGACAUGGACUACAAUGUCGACACUAUGCCUAAUGGCGAGAUAUUAUUCGAUUUCGUCGACGGUAAAAGUAUCGAUAAUUUGCCUGAAGAGUUAUUAAAAGCUGCCGAAGAGUUACCGGAUAAACCUGAAGAAAUGUUCGGGGCCAAUGAGAACGAAUGUUCGAUUAUAUUCGAGAGUGAUGUAGAUCUCGAAGCCAGUAAGACUCUAGCGGCCAAUCUAAAUCAACUCAUAGGAGAGAACAACGUUCAGUACAUAUCCACUGAAGACGACGACACCUUCGUCAUAAGCUUGAGCAGCGAAAUCAACGCCGAAUUGACUGAAAUGCUGAACAACAUUGGUGUGGGAAUGAACAGCGAAACUGUUAACUCGAAAGCUGACGAAACUGCGGAAGCGGUCAGCAACAUACCCGCUAUGGAGUCCAUGGUCAGCGAACCGAUAGUGGUGGAAAUCAAACAGAAGCCGACGACCGUCACCGGUCAGUCGCUCUCAUUGACACAGAAUAAAAUGCCCAAUUCAGAAACGAAACACGGUGAAUUGAAAAUAAAAGGUAUUAAAGGGAGGAAACUGUUUAUAUUCGCCUGCAGAAUUUGUAAUAAAGUGUUUAACAAAAAGGACAAUUAUACAUCGCACAUGGCCAUCCACGAGCCGGAGCUGUGUCGGCACGUGUGCGCGGUGUGUGGCCAAAGGUUCGGGUACCGCUCCACGCUAAACAAGCACAUGCGCGCCGCACACGAGCCGCGCACGCACACCGCGCACCGCUGCCACUACUGCGACCGGACCUACACCGCCGCCUGGAUGUUAAAAGACCACAUAAAAUCUAAACACCAGGGUGUGAUGCCCCACGCCUGCGACGUUAAGGGGUGCGGCAAGAAAUUCUAUAAAAAGAGCGAUUUGGUUGUUCAUAAAAGGUACCACACCGGCGAGAGACCGUUCUCUUGUGGCAUCUGCAUGCGUUCGUUUCCCAUAGUGUCGCAUCUCAAACGUCACAUUCGUUCUGUAGACUGUACAAAAUCCUUAGAGAGAAAAGCGGAAAUUCAUCCUUAGAGAUCAACAACUAGCCACCUCAAAACAUUAUUUAUUGUAGGUAUUGAAUCAAUUUACAAAAGGUACUCGCCUAAUUAGUAUUGAUCUUCAAAUUUGAUCUAGUAUUAUAGUUAAAACAAAAAACAUACAUUGUCAUUACAUUUUAUUAGAAUAAUUGGUCAUAAUUUGAUUAAAAUAAUAAAAAUGAAUAAAAUAAGCAAAAAAAUAUAUAUUAUUCUUUGCUCAUGUUCUCCAUAAAUCUUGUGAGGCUGUUUUGUCUAUGCAUUAAUUCAUCGAAAGUAAAAUGGUUGUUUCCGAGCUGAAAUAAAAAAAAAGUAAAAUUGAUUGUCUGUAAUGUCGCUUUACGGACGAUAGCUUUACGUCAUAACGUUAGUAUUGGAACUAUUGUAACUACUAGCUCUGACGUCACGCGAGAAGAGAUAAAUGUGUCACAAGCCAACGCUUGGGCCGAUCUUGUAUCUCUAUCGUUUGUUCUGUGCUCUCACUUGCACGCUCAGGUUCAGGCGGAACGUGACACUUUUUCUUGCGUGCAGCCGGUAUUCAUUGAUUUAUAUUACCGUUAUCACGUGAAAAACAAUUAGAUGAAUUAUUAAUAUAAUCUGUAACAAACUAGUGUUCGUUAAGAAUGGCAUGACAUUAUUGUUUGAUAUGGAAAUGUAGUUGUAUGUGUAGCUAAACAUUUUCGAAGUCAUUUUUUUAAUAUCAACUUGUCAAUGACGUGGCAAUGAUAAAUGAGAUUUGGCUAAAAACUCCACAAACGAGAGGGCCGGUCUUUAUUUGGAAUAAAUUAAUCUUUUCGCGGCGAAUUGAACUUAAUAUGUGGGUUGACUACAAUUAGGAACGUUUGUUUAGAAAAUUAUGUAUAAUAAAUAAAAUUAUGAAAUAUAUUCUAAACCCUUUUAUCGUAGUAGUAGUAUUAUAGAAAAAUAAUGAACUUCGUUCCAAAAGCAACAUUUACAAAAAAAAUACAUUUAAAAAAAUGCAGCCAAAGAACCAACAUCAGAUUUGCGAGAAACAAAUUUUUCGGUUCGAACAUCUGUGAUGUCCGUGGUCAGAUAAACUACGAAUAAUCGGGGUAUGUAUUUUAUCUGACUAUUUACGCUUAUAAAAACUAAGAAGUUCCCCUGCUUCUGUUGGCUCUAAUUUAGAAAAAAAAAGUCCUUUAAUCUGUGUUUACCUCGAGCGUGUAUCAACUCGGAAAGCGUAAUGUUGUGUUAUUUAAAAAUUAUCAUGAUUUUUCUUCGUAUGAUCUUAAGUAAUCUUAAUAAAUAUAAAUGUUGAAAAUUUACUUUGUUUCAUGAUUAAAGAUUGAUUUUGUAUUCUAAACUACAAUUAUUCUAUGAAAGAGAGAACAGUUACUAGCUAUUAUUAUAACUGAUUAUAAUAAUAUGGCUAUUAUGUAAGUACUUAAUGGAAUCAUGUCAAACUUUUAUUUUUAUAUUCUUAAUGGAUAAUAUAAUCGAAGAACAAUUUCAUUUCACGUGUCUAUAAAUUGCGUGUUUUUUAUAUAAAUUUUUGUAUAUUAUUCUUAUCGGUUUGUAUACAAUCAUGUUAUUAAGUCGCAAAUACAAUUGACAAAAGUACGGGUUUGCUUCAAAGUUUGAACUGUUAACUUAAAUAAUACAAAGUUGUUUUAUUUUUAAGUUUGACAAUGUGUUUUUUUUUCUCCAUAAUUUAGUUAAUUUUAUUUGAAAUAUUGUAAGUAGUAGAAUUCGCAGUUUGUUAUCAUGAUGUUUGAUUUUAGCUGAAGUAUUUGAAUUAAUUUAUUAUAUUAAUUAAAUUCAUGAUGAAGCUAUGCAUGAAAAUUUAGACUUGACAAAAAAAGUUUAAAUAUGCAAAUAAAUAAGCAAAAACGUUUCAAUCUGAAGCCACCUCAUAAAAUUCACAGCAGUAUGUAGUGUUAAUUAAAUUUAUAUCACGUCUUAUGAAAUGGCAAACAAAUAAUUUCACUAUCUUCAUUAUGUUAGUGUCUGAAUUUUUGUAUAAUCCAUUUAAAUUAAAUAUGGAAUUUUUCAUACAAUGAUUUUGAUUAUUUACUACAUAGUAUUUUUUUUUUAAAUAAUCAUAGCUAAUUAUUAUAAAAGUGAACAUGCUUAAAGUUCUAUUGUAGUGAUGUUAUAUUAACUUAAUUAACGUAAUCAUUAUUUAUUCUAGAAAUACCUGAAGCUCUUAGAUUUUAAUUUAUACGGGGUGUAAAAAGAUCAUCAUCUAAGCCGAAAUGAGAAUAAGCUAACGGCACGUAAUAAAGACAACUAAGCACAAAUACUUUUCUUGUAUGAAGUCUCCAAUGUAAGAGAAUAUUUCGUGUAGAUAUCUAGAGGGCAUCCCUAACGAUUCCUUCAAAACCACAGAUAUUAUACGUUAGCUAAUUUUUAUUUGUGUUCCAUUGUAAUAAAUAAAUAAAAAUGGUGUGCGUGCAACUUGGUGGACGUGAAUGAAGUGAAACUUCUUUUGCGUUAUGUAGUGUUGUGGUUUUCUUCAUUUUUCAUCCUUAAAUCAAAUUUAUCUUUUAAUAGGAAAAGCUGUGUAUAAGAGAAACGACCUAGCUCGCUGUCUCCUUCUCUCCACGGUCGAGUGGGUCGCGUGACGUUCUGUCUAUUUUCUCACUCUCGCUCUUCCUAAAUUGUAUCUUUUCUCUCUAACCGUAACGAAUCUGUCGCGAAUUAAAUUUUACUCUCAACGCGCUUAAAGAAGUUUCACUACAAAAAGCCGUUUUUUUUUCUUCGAAACUUUUAUUUGCAUUCGGCAAAGGAUCUAAUGCACCCCGUAUAAAACUGUUUCAAUGUUUGUAUUGUGAGAAAUUUCUGUGCCACGUUAAUAUAAUUUAUUCGUAACAUAUAAA